AGUUAUGGCGGAUACAGAAAAUCAAACUUCGGUUGUAACCGCAACGUCUGCGUCUAAUUCACCGCAGGUUUCGUCGUCUCCAAUAAAUAAAAAGGAAAAAAAAGCUAAAAAUCCUAGGACCAAACCAUCUCAUCCACCGACUUCGGAAAUGGUAAACAAUGCGAUCAAAGGUUUAAAGGAACGCGGAGGCUCAUCUUUACAAGCAAUUAAAAAGUAUAUUGCUGCCAAUUAUAAAGUUGAUGCAGAAAAAGUAGCGCCAUUCAUCAAAAAAUAUUUGAAAGCAUCUGUAGUAUCGGGAUCUUUGGUACAAACUAAAGGUAAAGGAGCUUCCGGAUCAUUCAAGUUAGCUUCGGCAACUUCGACUGCAGCAAAACGAAAUGCUAUUAUUGCAGGAGGAGGAGUGGAUAAAUCGAAAAGUAUUAAGAAAUCUAAUAAAGGCAAAAAAACGACAGGUACAGCAGCGGCUUCCUUAAAAACUUCGACGACGACGACGACAACAACAACAUCGAUUACUGAUAAGAAAGGCGUUAAAGUUGCCAAAAAAACAGACAAAAAAUCUUCGGCUAAAGGAGGAGUCAUCGCCGCAGCCGCCGCUUCCAAUACAGCCAGUGCCGCAUCAUCCGAAUUAAAAAGGAAGAAUCCUACUAAAGCAAAAAAAUCCAAUAAAGGCAGUCCCACGAAAAAACCGAAAGCACCAAAACCGAAAACUUCGAAAGCAGCUGCCAGCAGCUCCUCUCCUAAAGUUGUUACCACCUUCUAA